AUGUCCCGUCCCGAAGACUCGCAACAAGCCUCAGUGAUCGCUUCUUGCGCAAACCCGUUGCCUGGCAAUGUUGUUAGCCAAUACGGCAAACGAAUUAUCAGAAUCUCUGAUCAUCAAGUCGUUAAAUGCGGCCCAGAUGUGACAAGAGAAGAAUUUGAAAAUCAAAGGAUAGCGUAUGAACUUGUGGACAGCCGCAUAGCUCGUAUCCCACGUGUGUAUGAUUUUUUUACUGACGAGCAAGGCUGGGGUUAUAUUGUGAUGGAAUUUAUAGAAGGAAAGGUCAUUGAUCCUUUGGACGACGUUAGCGCUAUACAGAGGGUUGCCAGCGUGCUUGGCCAUUUCGCAACUUUGCGGUAUAAUAUCCCUGGAUCACUUUAUGGAGGCGCUUGUCGUGGCCUUCUAUUCCCUGAAACAGAAGACCUGGUUUUCGACAGUCUUAGCCGGAUGGAGGAGUGGUUCAAUAGCCGGCUUUUCGCGCACAACCCGAACUUAGAUUUACAGGGCUGUGAUCUCGUGCUCUGUCAUCUGGAUAUUGCACCUCGAAACAUCAUAUGGCAGGAAGAUGGCUCCCUGUGCCUUAUUGAUUGGGUAUCUGCGGGCUUCUAUCCAAGAUUGUUUGAGUUCUGCAUGCAGUGGAUAUUUGAUGGAAAAGAUGGAAGCUUCAAUUCCCUUCUCUUGGAGUCUGUGGAUCCUUUAUCAGAUCAUGAAAUGGCGCAGAAAGAGGCUAUUCUGUGUGCGUGGAGGAACAUCCAAAAGUAUCCAUUGUAA